GUGAACCCUUGAUUCCUUAUAAAAAACCGCAUGUUCAUGUCCGGGGUCAAGGAGGCCGAAUUGAAUUUUAUUUGCCUAGCCUUGCCAUUAAAAAAGAUGAUAAAAGAACGGUAAUCGGUCUCAAGAAUGCCAAAACGGCCACAGUGGAAUUAGUUACUAAUAGACUACACGAUAAAUAUCGCAAACUGAUUAAAAGCAAAAAGAAAAUCCAAGCUCAUAAUGAGGAGCAUGAAUUAAAAUUGGGAGAUAAAGUGAUAAUUAAAAGUAGCCGUCCCUAUUCGGCCACUAAAAGAUUUUUG